AUGAGCUUUCCUUUAACCAAUCCGAAUAAGGAAUCAGCAAGGGCGGCAUGUAAAAAAUGUGGCUAUGCUGGACAUUUGACAUAUCAAUGUCGCAACUUUCUAAAGGUUGAUCCAAAUAAAGAGAUUCUCUUGGAUGUUGAAAGUACCAGUUCCGAUUCCGAAUUAGAUUAUCUAACGCCGCUGACAGAGCUGCGCAUGAAAGAGCUUAAAGAAAAAGAGGCGGAAAUAUUAAAGAAAACCACAAUUAAGGCAAAAUCAUCAUCGUCCUCGUCUUCCAAAGCGAAAAAAUCGAAAAAGAGCAAGAAGAAGAAGAAGGGUCACAAACAUACAAAACACAAAAAGAAACACAGCAGUAGUAGCAAAAGUAAGAAACACAAGAAACGUUCUAGCACCUCCACCUCUUCCAGUUCAGAGUCUUCCUCCUCCCUGACAUCAUCAUCGUCUAGCGAUAGUAGUACCGAAUCGGAUUCAAGUGAUAAUGAAGAAUCUUCGACAAGUGAAUCGGAUGAAAAUGGCCGUAAACUGAAGAAGAAGGAUAAAUAUAAGCGCAAGGCCGAAACGCCGAAUAUGCGGCGUAAGAAAACCAAAGUCAAGCGAAGACGUUACAAGACCACCGAUACAACUAGUGACUCGGAUGAGGAUUCUUAUUCCGAUUAA